AUGGACAACAAGCGGCGCGCGCCUUCUCCCCCGUCCACAUCCAGUGCAGUCACAAAACGCGCUCGGCAAGACUCGUCCGGCCCGCCGGCUAACAACCAAAUCGCCAUCUCAUCUGGUGCAGACGCUGGGAAGGCACUGGUGAGGAGUGUGAAGCGGACAAGUAGCUUGGACGCGCCUAUUGUCAGUCUUGCGGGAGCACAUUCGGCGGAGAUAUUGUCGUGUAGAUUCGACCCGACGGGGCAAAAUGUUGCUGCCUGUUCUGCGGACCGAGGGAUCUCACUGUGGCGCACAUAUCCCCCAAAUACGAAUUACGCGUUGCUAACCACAAUCCACAAAGCGCCUGUGCUAGACAUCCAGUGGUCCCUCACGCGACCCGAGCUGUUCUCUUGUUCCGCAGACAAGGUGGUCGCUGUUACCGAUCUGACGACUGGGACGCGCACGAGAAGGUGGAGAGGCCACACGGGCGUAGUGAAUACUAUCGAUCGUGCCAUCGCGGGGGGCACUGAGCUCGUGGCGAGCGGGAGUGACGAUGGUUAUGUAUGCAUCUGGGAUGGGGACGAGAAGGACGCCGUAAUUGAGUUAGCCGUGGGAAGCCCCGUCACUGCUGUGUGCUGGAGCGGGGAUGGAACGCAGCUAUUUGUUGGAGGGUUAGAUAAUGUUAUUAGCGUGUUCGAUCUGCGAAGGGAACAGAUAGUAUACUCUCUUCCCGGGCACACAGACACGAUCGCAAGCCUGGCGCUGUCCCCCUCACACAACCAUCUCCUCUCGACCUCGUUCGACAGCACGGUAAUCAUCCAUGAUAUCCGACCUUUUUCUUCUUCCCCAACACGCGUACACCGUACGCUGUAUGGCGCACCAGCUGGGAACGAGAAUGCGCUGCUACGGGGAGCGUGGAGCCGGACUGGGGAGGGAUGGGUCGGUGUGGGAGGUGCGGACCGGACAGUGACAAUAUGGGAGGUGGACAGCGGCAAGGUGGUGUAUAAGUUGCCUGGGCACAAGGGGACUGUGAUGGCUGUUGACUUUCACCCAAAGGAGCCUAUUGUCCUUACUGGGAGUAAGGAUGCGACGAUGCUACUGGGUGAGCUGGACAACACAUAG